CUAGCUAAUGGUUAGCUGACUAGCAUUAAGUGCAAGUGAAGCCCAUAAGCCUUGCCAAAAAUGGAUUGUACAGGUUUCUGUUACGGAUGAACAUGGUGCAAGCGACAUAAGCCUUCAUCAACAAGUGUUUUGAAAGUUUUGGGCACUCACAUGAGUUCCAGGGAGGCAGCCAAGAUGGGUGACAUCUUGGCAACUGAAGCAGAUCUUCUUGGGAUGAUUAAGGAGUACCUUAAGUUUGAGGAAUUUGAAGAAACAGUGCACAGUUUCGACAAGGAGUGCAAAAGCAAAGGCAAGCUUGUCUCAAAGCCUCAAGGAAGUACUUUCAGAGACUCAAAGACUCGUGUCAUUCAGAAAGACCUCCUUAGCUCUUUUGAUGAUGGAGAUCACAAGGUAUUUUUUGAACUGUGGGUAGAGAAUAUUCCAUCUGAGGUAAAAGACACAGAUGCAGAGGCCCAGAGCCUGGAGUUCUACCUUUACAUCCAUUUCACCAUCUACCCACUGAGGAGGCACCCUGGUAGACAUGACAGAGCUGAGUUUGAAGAGAGGAUUUCACACUUCAAGCAGUACCUGGAGACUCGAGGAGCAGCACUAAGCCAGACCACAGAGUUCCUGCCUUACUAUGCUUUGCCUUUCGUUCCCAACCCCACUGUCCACCCCUCCUUCAAAGAUCUUUUCCAGGAUUCCUGGAUACCACAUUUGAAGGCUAAGCUGGAGCAGUUUCUGUCAGUGACACUGAAGCCGUCCAACAGCCCACGGCUGCUGAAUUUAUAUAAGGAGGGUGGAAGGAGUACUAAAGAGGCCAUGCAGCAGUUGCAGCUCCAGCUGGUUGAAUCAGACCGACGCAUCGGCAGCUACAUGCGGAAAUUCAACAAGAUGCAGGCCGACUACCACAACCUGAUUGGAAUCACUGCUGAGCUGGUCGACUCUUUGGAAGCCACCGUCAGCGGAAAAAUGAUCUCCCCUGAGUACCUGCAGAGUGUGUGUGUUCGCCUGUUCAGCAGCCAGAUGAGGCAGAGCGUGGUACAGAGCACCGACUUCACCAGACCUGGCACUGCCUCCUCUAUGCUACGAGCAUCCAUUGCACCACAGAGAUCCAAGGAGGUGCCAAUGCUGCCCUCACUGGACUAUGAGAAGCUAAAGAAAGACCUGGUUGAAGGCUCAGACAGACUCACGUCCCUGCUGCUUCAGGCACUGCGCUGGAGACUGACUCGCUCGCUCCCCGGUGAACAAAGAGACACCGUGCUUCAAGCCUAUAUCAGCAAUGAUCUGCUGGAACGCUACAGCGCUAAACAGAAAACUGUGCUUCAUUUAAUGAGGUCGAAGAACGAGAUUGUCCGCCAAUACAUGGCUCGUCUCAUCAAUGCAUUCGCUUCCCUUGCAGAGGGUCGGGUUUACCUCUCCCAAAUCCCCAUUCUUCUAAAACUUCUGACAGAGGCUCUCAGGAAGGAGGAAAAAGACUCCCUGUCGAGAGAGAAUGUACUAGUGGCCCUCCAGAAACUCAGUCUCAGGAGGAGCCAGCAGACGGCUAUGAUAGCAGAUGAUUUGAUAGGCUGGCUGGUGGAUGAGCUACAAGAUUCAGACUGCCUGACUGACUACACCCUGGAGUAUUCUGCAGCGCUGCUUAUGAACCUAUGUCUGCGCACGAAAGGAAAAAGGAAGUGUGCAGAAAACGCCAAGCAUGUUCUAAAGGUUCUAACUGACCUCCUUGGACAUGAGAAUCACGAGGUCCGACCAUAUGUGAAUGGAGCCCUGUACAGUAUCCUGUGUAUUCCAUCUGUGAGGCAGGAAGCCAGAGAGAUGAGUAUAGAGGAGAUUCUUCGAUGCUACAGCAAAGAGGAAAACCCAGACCUCAACAGACAGAUUGAGUUCAUCAUUAAGCAGCUGAACUCAGCUGAGGAAGAGGGGCCAGAAUCCGACGAUGAAGAGGAAGAGGACGACAAUGACGAAGAUUUAAUGGAGACAGACCUUGACAAAGAGGAAGUUCUCCAACCGCAGCCCAGGGAACUGUCUGGGGAGAGUCUUCUCACCACUGAGUACCUGGGUAUUAUGACCAACAUGACAAAAGUGAAGAGAAAGUCUACCCCUCUGCCGCAACCAAGUGUUGAUGAGCCCCUACAACGACCAGUCACACCGGGUUCUCAUCGUAAUAUCAACACAGUGGAUUAUCGAGCUGGCAGUCAGGGAGGUGAGGUUAGCAGGGAUAGGGAAUACCCUCUGAGCAGACAGAAGAGCGAGGAAGGAAGCCUACCUCCUUCCCGAUACAGCUCCAGACCUCCUACGCGCUCCGGCAGUCGCCCCAGCACUGCUGACUCUCUACGUCACAGCAUCGACUCAGAGUGUGGCCGGUUGUCCCAGGAGUCAGAGUUGGACGGGCCGUAUGAAGAGCGAGCUACAAAAGGUCGUUUCCAAGAGGAACACAAUGGACACUCUGCCAGUGGUGAUUAUAUCCCUGCAUUUGCAAGCCAGCCCAAAAUUCCCCGUACACCUGACACAGCAGCCAGCCAGAACAAGGCUCAGAACAAGGCUCGAGGCCUGGCUCUGGCCCCCCAGUUUUCUCAGUCGGAGCCACAGCAGAGCAGCCGGCCAGGCUCCUCUGCCAGCUCCACAGGAGGAGGGGGACGCCAAAGUGGAGGCAGCCAGUCAAAGAGGAGGUGAAGAGGGAGCUGUCACCGUGGAGUAGCGCUAUCUCCCCUGGAGCAUCAGGCUUCCUGUAACAUCAUCCCCCCAGGUUAUGAUCAGGGUCAGGGCAACAGAGAUGGUCGAGGAUCGGCAGGGAGAGGAGGGAGGAGGGAGGAGGAGGAGGAGGAGGGGCCGGAACAAUGGGCCGGAUUGUGGCUCUGCAUUUUCUUCCCCCCUUCGGCUUCAGCACAGACUUCCUUCUGUAACAUAAUAUGAGGUCAGACAAUAAUCACAACCCCCAGCCGUGCAACCCUGUGCACCUUGUAGCCUUAGUAAGCCAUCAGUCUCUCCAGUCUCUCAUCAAGAGGAUAGUUGGCACACAUCCCAGAGAUGCCUCUUUUUGUGGAUAACUCCUCAAUAUCAACACUUACAGCUGGAUACAAGAUGAAGCGUUCAAACUUAAGCACAGUAUAGUUUUAGCUGUUUUUACCGACAUGUAAACAGAGGAUUAAGAGUUUAGGAAACCUGAUAUGAUCAGGUAUGGAGAUAAAAAUGUUUGAUAAUCUUUCUGUGAUUACCGUAAAGGGAUUAAUUAAUCUCAUAUGAGGCACGGCAAAGAUUCUUUUUUUCAGUAAUGGUAACACAAAACCUCAUUUGUAAAGUUCUCAUCUUGAAUCUACAAAUCUAUAAUCCUCUGAAUUUCACUACGUACUGUAUAUAUUGAUUUUUGACUGGUGGAAAAAUAUCUGCCCACAUGAAUAAAUAAUUGUACCAGCUUUACUUCAAAUAUAAAACAUUAGCUCAUAUCAGAGUAGCUGCUCUUGUUUAACUUAUGCUCCACAAAUGUUUACAAGAAUGACACAGGUCCUGACAUAACUUGUCAGGCUAGUGUAUGUUUUUAAAUGAUAUUAAAAACAGAUUAUUAUUAUUGAUAUAUAUAGUCGACUAUUGUCCAUACAAUGUCUGACAAAAAACUUGAAAUUGUGUGAAUGUCCAAAUCCAGCAAUUUUGCAUUGUACCUUUGAACCUGUUUUCCAGGUGUCGUGAUGUGUAUUUAUGUCCAUUACUACAUUUUUGUUGUAAUGGUAAUUGAUUUUGAUACAUUUUUGA